ACCCAACUCCCGUUUGACUCGACAACCUUCGAUCGAGGCUUCAGCAAAUACCCUAGUCUAUGAUCAGUGGCUGAACACGCCCCACGAUUACUCUCCGACGAUCCGCGGCUUGUCAUCUAUCCAUUGGUCUCUCACUGAGCUACGCGCUACAGACUUAAUCAACUCGAGUUUAUCCUUUAUCGAUCCGCCCCUCUCUGCAACUCCCACUUCCCCUCCGCCCAUUUUCCCCUCCCCCUCCUUCUCAACAAAAAAUCAUGGCAUUUCGCAGCACAGCAGAUGAUUUGAAUCUGCAAUUAUCUGACGACGAAUCUGAUGGUCUCUGGAGCUCGCCUUCCAAGCGUGGAAACAAUCGGCAUGCCUCCAAAGUGGUCAAGGAGGAGAGCUUGUCACCCGAACCAACAAAAAUCCCUCCCCAUGAUGAUGGAGAGACAAUGUUUGACCGCCAAGAGGCGCGCGAAGCCGCUUUGCGCAGUGAGCUAGAGAGCGUUCGUAAGAUCAAUCAAGUCAUUGAGGGUCUCCUCGGGAGCCUUGACCGUGCCAAAGGGAAUAUGGAUACUGUUUCACGAACGCUCGAUUCUGCUUCUACCCUCCUGAAUACCUGGACUCGGAUUCUCUCCCAAACCGAGCACAAUCAGCGUUUGAUUCUCAACCCGAACUGGCAAGGCGCAGUUCAAGAUGUGGCCGACUCGGAACACGAGGAACUUCUCCGACAGCAGGCUGCCGAGAGACGCGAACGAGAGCUUCAACAACAGCGAGAAGCUGCUGCCCGCAAGGCUGCGGAAGACGAGAGAAAGAGAGCCGCCGCUGCCAGCGCCAGAGGCACCCGCGGGUCGAGUUAUGGAAGAGUGCGCGGUGGCUUGGGAAGAACUCCUGGCAUCUCAUACUCGGGCACACGACCUGGUGCCACACGGACCACGGCGUCUUCAACCACAACGGGGAGACCGCCUAUGACUAGUAUGACACGUAGACCGGCCAGUGGGAUUGCGAGGGGCUCGGGGAUUGCGCGUGGUCGCGGCCGGGCCUAAAAAUGGUAAAUAUGGCAUGACGAUUGCGGAUG